UACUCUAUGGUUUGGAGGCCAAAGGAAAGAAAGGAGGGAGAGAGGUGGGGGAAUAACAUACGAAGCGGAGCACUUCCUGUGUCGUAGGUCAAGGUACCGGAAGCGGCCUGCGUCUUGUUCCCCGUGCUUUGAUUUGUGGCGGGAGCUAGUUGAUCGGGACGGAAGGAACGUGUUGACGUAAGCCAAAAAUGGCAUACCGAAGAGGUGAAAUGUGGUCUGAAGAGCAUUUUGGAUAUGAAAGACUUCCACGGGAACGGCUUCCUCCACGUCCUGAGGGCAUGCAGUAUACAAUUGGCAGCAUAAAUUACCAGGAGCCAGAAAGCUCUCUUCAUUGUCAAGAUGCUGGAUAUGAGAGGAGAAUGAUUAGGGAUGAUUACCAUCGAGUAGUUAACUUUGCACCAAAGAAGCUUUCAGAGAGACCUGGGGAAUACAGAUAUGACUAUGGGCAUUCUCCUGUUGGCUAUCGAGACUAUGGAGAAGGUCGUGGCUUGGCCUAUGAAAGAAGAAGUGGACCACCACAAAGAAUUGAUGAUCCAGGAUAUAGAUGGUCAAGGGAAGAGCACCCACCUGGUCGUCAGCCUGAAUAUAGAGAUAUCAGAGAUGGCAUUCGACGGAAACCUGCGUACCCUCACUAUGCAAGAGAGCGAUCCCCACAUAAGAGAGAUUCACCUUACUUUAGAGAAUCGCCAGUUGGAAGAAGGGAUUCUCCUCCUAGCAGAUCUGGUUCUAGUGUCAGCAGCAGAAGUUAUUCUCCUGAAAGAAGCAAAGCCUAUGCAUUCCACCAGUCCCAGCAUAGCAGAAGUAUGUCAUCUUUACAUAAAAGAAAUAUUUCCCAGCAAGAUAAAGAGAGAGCCCCAUCUCAGUCUUUGAAGACCUCAAGAGAUGUAUCCCCCACAGGAACUGCAGCAGUGACACCUUCAAAGCCCUUGGACAAAAGUAGCAGGCUAUCAGAAAAUGAGCUUGCGGAGGCUGCAAGCAGGUGGGCUUCUGAGAAAACUGAGAAAACAGAAACCAGCAGCGUACCUGAAAUUUCAGAAUAUGAAGCAGCAGCUUCGGAACCAUUGUAUGCGGAACACCAUGAGGAACCCGCUGCUAAUGUAGCAGACAAUAAUGAAUUGUUUGAAGACAGCCAGCAUGUUAGUCGUGCAAAGGCAAUUACAGCAAAGACGAAGGAGAUAGAGCAAGUGUACAGACAGGACUGUGAAACCUUUGGUGCUGUAGUGAAGAUGCUGAUUGAAAAAGACCAUUCAUUAGAAAAACCCAUCCAGUUUUCCUUGAGACAGAAUUUGCAUGAGAUUGGUGAGAGAUGUAUUGAAGAACUUAAACACUUCAUUGCAGAAUAUGAUGCCAGGAGUCAAGAAUUUGAAGAACCCUAAAAUCAUUUCUGAAUUGUUCAUAUGUAAAUACUGUAUGUUUAAUAGAUGCUAAUGACCUUCUCCCAAUGACUGUAUGUGCUACAGGAAAAAAUCAUUCUCUCAAUAAAUGCAGAAUUCUUUAAAAUGUGUUCCUAAGACAAGGUCAUCAUUUCAUUAUUCACAUGGUAGUUAUUGAAUAGGCAGAAUGUGCUUAAAGCAGUGUUAUGGCCAUUUUUUAAUCUCAGUAUUUCUACAUUCCAUUUGAGUUUAGAUUGUAAAAUAAGUCAUAUUGGAUAUUGGUCAGUCAUAUUGAAUAUUGGUCAGUAUAGUACAAAAUAGGUUGCCCCAUUUAUUGAAACAGGAUGCUAUCUGAAUACAAUUGACAAUUUUGUAAUUUUUAUUAAUACUGACUUGAAGGCUGUAUAUACAGUAUAAUUAUAUUUAUGUAUAUUUACAUAUCUGUUGUCUUAGGAAAUGUAGCCUUUUUGCAUAAACAAAUUGUCUGAAUACCAUCCUUAAAUAAACUAGGGUGUUAUUUUUAUAGUUUAGGGUUUUUUUGUAAAUUGAAAUGGCCUCUAAUUAAAUUCCUUCUAAGUCA